GUCUUUCUAGUUUUUGUUUAGUUAUUAUCGCAUCCCAAUUGAGCUAUAUGUCCACAUAAUCUCUUAUCACUGAACAAAACACACAGAUAGUGCUUUUAAAUGUGAAGCAUUAGGUGCGGCGCAAUUUUAUCAAUUCGUUAGUUGAAUUCAAGAUUGCUUUAUACAUACACAUACGUAGUACUUGACCGGGAGGUGGUUUCAUUUAAAUCACAGAAAUAGCUCAAUGUAUCCUCAGUCGGGUUCUGAUUUCAUUGGCGUGUGGUCAUGUGUCCGGUUACCACAAUUCUUUUGGGCUUGUUGGGUCUGUUGGCCCUGGUGUACGUCUUUUUGACGUGGAACUUCAACUACUGGAAGAAGCGUGGAAUAUCAAGUGCCAAGGCAUGGCCUUUCGUGGGCAGUUUACCCAGCGUGUUCACCCAGAAGAGGAACAUGGUCUAUGACAUUGAUGAAAUCUACAAUCAAUACAAGGACUCUGAUAGCAUUGUGGGAUUGUUCAAUACCCGACUUCCCCAACUUUUGGUCCUCACACCGGAGUACGCUCAUAAAGUAUUUUCCAGCGACUUUCGCAGUUUCCAUGAUAAUGAAAUGGGGUUGUUUACUGACAAGAAGGUGGACAAGAUAUUGGCCAACAAUCCAUUUGUACUGUUUGGAAAUGAGUGGAAGGAGAGGCGAGCCGAAGUAACGCCAGGCCUUUCAGCAAAUCGGGUCAAAGCCGUCUAUCCUGUGUCCCAAGAUGUGUGCAAGAAGUUUGUCGACUAUAUCAAAAAACAAAUCAAAAUGGCUCCGGCUGAUGGAAUAAACGCCAAGGAUCUGUGCCUGUGCUACACCACAGAAGUGGUCUCGGACUGUGUCCUAGGUAUCUCAGCCCAGAGCUUCACGGAUAACCCCACACAGCUGGUUGGAAUGAUCAAGAAGGUUUUCGAUCAGUCGUUUGGCUUCAUAUUCUUUACCAUAAUCGCCAAUCUGUGGCCUCCAAUCAGGAAGUUCUACACGGUUCCACUUUUUUCCAAGGAUGUUGAGAACUUCUUUUUCGACAUCAUGAAGAAGUGCAUCCUGUUAAGAAAGGAGAAUCCAAUUCAGCAACGCGACGACUUCCUCAAUUACAUGUUGACCCUCCAAGAGAAAAAAGGUCUAGAUACCCUGGAGCUGACUUCGCAUACGAUGACCUUCCUUACGGACGGGUUCGAGACAACAGCUGGAGCCCUGGCUCACAUCCUUCUGUUGCUGGCACGUAAUCCCGAGACAAUUCGAAAGUUAAGGGAAGAGGUAGGCACCAAGGACUUGAGCUUCGAGGAACUCAGUGAGCUGCCCUAUAUGGAAGCCUGCAUUCAUGAAACCAUGAGAAUUUUUCCGGCCGUUUUGGUGGCACGGAAGCUGGUAACCGAAACGUAUGAAUUCGUAAACAAAAAUGGUGUCACAGUUAAGGUUAAUCCCGGUGAUGUCGUCCUGGUUCCAGUAAACUCCCUUCAAAAUGAUCCUCAGUAUUAUGAAGAUCCGGAAAAAUUCAAACCAGAGCGAUUCUUGGAGUCCAAUGGUGGAGCCAAAAAGUACAGAGAUCAAGGAGUUUACUUUGGAUUUGGAGAUGGUCCCCGCAUCUGCCCGGGCAUGAAAUUCGCUCUAACGCAACUCAAAGCGGCUCUGGUGGAUACAGUCCGUAACUUUGACAUCAAAGUUAACCCUAAAACUCGCACGGAUAAUCGGUUUGAUGACACGUAUUUCAUGGCAGCUCUAAAAGGAGGCGUUUGGCUAGACUUUAAGGAGCUAAAAUAAAUUUUCGUUCGACUUCGAGGAAGACCAAGGGAGAA